AUGCCGGAUUCUUCUCGGCGAACUUCGACUCCCAAAGAGAAUGUCCAGUGGAUCUCGCUCCAGAAGCAUCUCGUCUUCACUUUUGCCAUCGCCGAGUUCAAAGGUACCGUUGCUGCUGAUAGCAACGGAAUUUCGACCUGGACUCCUCCCAUUAGCAGCGCAGCCAGCCGAGCUCUCCCUCUCCCAUCUUCUUCCUCCGGCCGCCCCAUCUUCUUCCUCCUCAAGCCCUGCGCCGCCGGCCCCCUCAUCUUCUUCCUUCGCCAGGCCCGCAUCGCCGGCCGCCCCAUCUUCUUCCUCCGCCAGCCCCGCGCCGCCAAACCCACGUUCGAGGUCCUCUUCCUCUCCCUCGCCAGCCCCGCGUCGCCAUCACGGAAACGAGAAGACACAUUCCAACAGCACCCAAGGAGCUUUCCCCUUCUUGAUUCCUCCUCCAGCAGAGAAGCUCCAGCCGCACCUCUGUCUGCUGUCGACCCAUUCCAGCUGAACUUUAUGCAGUUGCCUGCAGCCCAACAGAUCCUUUGCUGGUAGCAACUAAACAGAACAUAAUUAAUUUUUUCCAAGUUCGUAUAACAAAACAUAACUGAGAGAACGGACGAGACUUUCCCUUGAGUUGUAUGAUAAUCAAGAAUCAGAAAACAGAAUGAAGCAACUAAACAGGUUUUCAGUUCUGAACUCAGUUUCAGAACUCACCAAAAUUCUCAGCUAAACAAGGUUUUUCCAGGUUUUGUUUUCCAGGAAAUGACAGUUUCGUUUUCAUUUUAAUUUUGUUUUCUGUUGUGGCAGCUAACAGAAAUGGAAUGGCAAGUAAACGGCACAUUAGUUGCUGACAAUUUCCAAAUUACUUCAACUUGAGUAACCUGACAGGGAGUCCUGAUGUAGAAAUAUCAUGUUAGCAAAAUAUGGGACAACAUUAGACCAAAGUGCCCCACUGUAGCCUGGUUUGAGUUAGUUUGGCAACCUUUCUCCAUCCUUAAAACUCCAUGAUCUCAUCGUUGAUACAACAUAAUAAAAUCAAUGCAUUGGAUAAUGUCUUAAAAUGGAAACCUGAGAUUAACACUACCUGUCCUCUCUGUCUCUCUGAGUCAGAAUUUGGAGAAUAUAUAUACUUUCACUGUGUGUUUGUCUAUGAAGUGGUUGCUAUCUAUUUCCUCGGUAGCUGGAAUUGUCACCCUGCAACUGGUUGCGAAGAAGGCUUGUUGGCUGCAGUUUCAUGGUUUAAGCAUUGUAAGGUAGAGAGGCUAGUGUGGAACUUAGUGCAUGGUUAGUGAAGUAUGGAGGGAGCAUUAUCGAAGGCUUCGUGGCCGUCAACAAUUGAAGGUUGGUGAACUGUGCAUAUAAUGCAGUAAGUGCUUGAAUGGAAGCUUGUUGGAGAUCCCAAAUUGGUUCAGGCCACAACUCAAAAGCAGCUUUGGUUUCAGAUAUAGUUAUCUAUGUU